CACACCUUCAUAUUCCUCGCACUUAUUGUUCUCCACAUUAAAGACCAACUUGAAUGGUUUGCGGUUUUGUGCAGAUAUGGAAGAUGUAAACAUAACCUGUAAAUUUCAGCUUCCAAAACGGAUCCGUUAAUUAAUCCUGUUACUGAGGUACCUGAUUCCUACCUGCGAUCAACGAGCGUCAGUAAUGGAGUACUACGUCACGUUGGUACACCAUUCACAACAUUGCCAGUCCUCAACAAGAAUCACAGCGACAGUUCGGGUUAUUCGGACGUUGAAAGUCUGCAUUUCUCGUGCUAAAGUAACAGUUUGUCAGAACCACGAGACAUGCAGACUGUCAGCGUCCGAAUAAUCCGAACUGUCACUGUUUCUCUCUCUCAUAUUAGCGUUGACUGCAGGCAAUGUUGUGAGUGGUGCACCAACGUGACGUAGUACACUGUUAGCGUGAUGAAGUACACUGUUACGGCGCUCGUCGGUCGUAGGUGCGAAUCGUAGCGAAUAAUUCAUUAACGGAUGUGUUUUCGAGGCUCAAAUUUACAGUUUAGUUUAUAUCGUCUAUAUCUACUGAUAUAUGAAAAAACGCAAACCGUUCAGGUUGGUCUUUAACAACUACUAUGACUGAAUACAGCUGAAUAUUUCAACAACAGGACUAGUGUUAUGUUCGCUUUACUAAAAGUUCAGAUGACUGCUCAUCACUCGACAACAGGACAGACCGGAUGCUCCACUUUCAGUUUAUAGCGGGAAGGACCUAGAAUCCGUCAUAGUCAGACUUAUAUGACUGCCGGCAGUUACACAUGUAGGGGAGGAUUGUUUGGUAAAAAAGACGCACUUGCUAGAAAGCCGUUAUGUGAUGUCUACGUGUCAAAUUUAAUAGAAGCCAAUUGUAAAAAUGUUCUCAUUUUGUCAUUGGUGUCAUAUGAUGUCAAAGGAAACACUUUCCAAUCAUCUUGUGAUGUGACAGCGUUGCCUACACCAGUUCAUUAUAUUUCUGUUCCGAGAGUGACUAUGGAUGUGCGACUAGUGGUGUGGUGUGCCGUACUUCAGCUAGUGGUGAGAAGUACAAGCCUUUCGCUCGACGAUGAAACCUUUCACCGACAUGUGCCAGCCGAUAACUCAUCGCUGUCUGUCUUGACAACAGAUAACAACGUCAGCUACUGUUUCGAAAAGAAGUGCAAGUGCAGCGGUGACGAAGCGGACUGUUCUAAGAAUUAUGGAGCACUGACAUUCGUUCCAAAACUUCCAAACACCGUUCAAUUCUUGAACUUCUCCUUCAACAAUCUGACGACCAUCGACAGUGCAGAUUUCUUCCAAAAUGUUACCUACAUUACGUCCCUUGACCUCGGGAAUAACGGACUGCGCUACAUCCACCCGCAAGCGUUUGGUAUUGUGAAGGGACUGAAGUAUUUGUUCCUGGAUGAUAAUCAACAACUUAACUACACGGUUCUACAACCUGUGUUGUUUGUCAAGACACUAGUGCGGCUUGACAUUAUACACGGAGGACUGGGACCUCUACCCACAAAUUUCUUCUACAGAUUCCCCUUACCGCGACUUCAGUAUACGUACUGGCAUGGCAAUGAUCUGAAAUUCCUCAACUUUACAGCAGUCAAACCUCUACGAAAACUAAAAAUAUUCGGUGUUGCAAGCAAUCGCCUUUCUGAUGUACACUCCGAUUUUAUGAUUUACCUUGAAGAACUUGUUAUUUCUCAUAAUGCCUUACAGGACUUCCCAGCAACCUGCAGCUCUAACGGAACAUCCUUCUUCCCACGAUUAGCUAAGUUUUUUAUUACCGACAACCUGCUGUUUGCUCUCACGGCAAAUAUAUGCCUACCUGGUCUACAAGUUCUAGAUUUAAGCCGAAACCGUUUCACAUUAUAUCCCACUGACAUGUUCAGCAGUCAGAAGUUCCCCAGAUUGAUAGAACUUUUUCUAGACGAGAUGUAUGAUCGUAAGCUAGAAAUACAAAGAAGAGCCUUCAAUAAUACGGUACUGGAGAGAAUUACUUUAUUGAAAAAUGACAUUAAUUUUCAUACAGGAUCUGUUGAUGCUGAAAGUUUUAUGAAUUGCCCUAAAUUAACUGGUCUUGGUUUGAGCGAAAAUAAUCUCAGGUAUGUUGACGAUAGCAGAUUCUUUCAGUUGUUUGGGCGUAUAACGAACCUGGAAUACCUAUUUCUAGGCAAUUCAUUCAUAACACAAGUGACUCCCAAAACAUUUGCAAGUUUGAAGAAGCUGCAGAAAUUGUACCUGUAUGGAAAUGACUUACGUGCACUACCGGAUGGAGUAUUCGAUGAAAAUAAUUUAAAAGUACUAGACUUGGGACGCAACAAAUUAAGCCAAUUGUCCCCAUUGACAUUCAGCGAGUCCACUAAGCGAAAACUGACAUCUCUAGAUAUCAGUAACAAUUUUUUCUCCUGUUCCUGUGAUCUGAUAUGGUUCCGUGACUGGCUUCUUGCGCAGCCUACGUUGUUUGCUGACUCACAGGGCAGGUACAUGUGCUCUGACAGACAAAACAUCACUAUCAUGUCAUUUUACUUGCCCGACCAGGCUUGUCUGAUGAGUGCUGAUGCUUACAAGUUCAUCGUAGCAAGUGUGGCCAUUAUGACUUUUACUCUGAUGAUGUUAUCCUCGCUGUAUCGCUACCGCUGGCACAUUCGUCUCGUUCUGUACGAGACAUUUCGAGACAGGUCUGGCGAGAGAAAGAGACGUCUGCAGGAUCACGUGUACAACUAUGACGUCUUUGUGUCGUACGCCGAGGAAGACUUGCGGUGGGUGCAGACGAGACUGAUGCCGGAAGUGGAGCAGCGACUGGGAUUGCGGCUGUGUGUGCAUCAACGUGACUUUAUUCCAGGCAAGAACAUCGUCGACAACAUCGUGGACAGCGUCAACGACAGCAAGAAGAUUCUGAUGGUGUUCUCCACUAACUUUGCUCGCAGUCACUGGUGUCAGUUCGAGCUGGCAUUCUGUCUCCACCAUAUUCUGGAGAAGGGCGAUGAUCUGAUCAUCGUGUGUCUGGAGGACAUUUUGUCACGUGAUCUGACGAGCGCGAUGAUGGCGGUACUGAAGACCAACACGUACAUUCAGUGGCAGGACCAGCCAGAUGCUGCAGCCUCGUUCUGGGGACGUCUUAAAAUCGCCCUGUGUGAAGUUCUUCCUCAAUCUGCUUAAAGAAAUGCAGUAAGAAUGUUUCCGCCAAGACUGUUAUUUUCUUUGUUUUGUUUUUUUUUUCUUAUUGCAAAAUAAAUAAAGUAAGAUUACCGUUCUGCAACGAAAAAUUUUUAGUGGUGUUGCUUUGCUCUAGCUCUUUGAUUGUUUUUACUUUGUCAAUACUUUUGUGACCACAGAGACGAAAGAAUAAUGAUACUAAGCAGGUAAAUUAGCUAGCCUAGUUAAUGAAUAAUUCCUUUAAUACUUCUAAUGAACAGGACAAUAUCCACUUGGAAAUACUGUAAUUUUCCAGCUGUUGUCUUUUUUGUUAAACCCAUUUUAAAUAUCAGACAGACUAAAGAAUGUCAGUCAGUUAUGAUUUUUGUAAAUUAUUAUCUUACCAAAGGCAAAAUUCAUCUGAGUUAUGAAAAUUAUUUAACAAAUAAUAUAAUAUAAAUAAUAUAAUGAAUUUUAAGGUAAUUUAUAAAAAGAUAACUGUCAGAGUUCCUUCAUACCUUUAUCCAAAUGUUUUAGUGGUUUCUAAUCUUUCACUGUGGUCUCCUGGAAUGCAAAAUGUCUAUAAAGCAUUUUUCUUACCUAAUUACUUGAUAUGUUGCUAUUCAUGUUAUUGAUAAUAAUGACAAUGUUUAAGUAGAAAAUUUCUUCAGUUCUUGAGCAAAUGAAUAAUGAUAAUUAUAUAAAUUACAUGUUAUGUAGAAAGAACAGAGCAAAGAAAUAAAAAACAACUUCAAGAAAGGCAGAAUGGAU